AGUUCAUAAAAAUUAAAUGGCAGAAAUUGAACACAAGAGUGGAGAUGGAAGGUGGUCUCUUAAGGGCAUGAAUGCCCUAGUAACCGGCGGCACCCAAGGCAUAGGGUAUGCCAUAGUGGAGGAAUUGGCGGGUUUUGGGGCGAGCAUCUAUACGUGCACGCUUAAUCAGGAGGAUCUGAAUAAAUGCUUACAAGAAUGGAAAAUUAAGGGAUAUAAAGUAACGGGUUCAGUAUGUGACUUGUCAUCCAGAUCAGAAACCCAACAGCUAAUGGAGAAAGUUUCAGACUAUUUUAAUGGGAAGCUUCAUAUUCUUGUGAAUAAUGCUGCAACAGUUAUUACAAAGAAAAUUACUGAUUUCACUGCGGAGGAUUACUCAGUGAUUAUGAGUACUAAUUUUGAGGCACCCUACCAUUUGUCUCAACUUUCACACCCUCUUCUAAAGGCAACUGGACAGGGAAGCAUUGUGUUUAUCUCUUCUAUUUCUGGGCAUUUUGGGAUGCCUUAUGUUUCUCUCUACUCUGGAUCCAAAGGAGCAAUAAAUAGUGUGACAAAGUGUAUGGCGUGUGAGUGGGCAAAAGAUGGUAUUCGUGUUAAUGCCGUGGCUCCAUGGAUAGUCGACGCUCCACUUAGGGAUGCAGCGCAUCCAGGUUUUAAAGUAGAAGCAGAGAGAGCAGUAGAAAGGACUCCAAUUAGCAGGCAUGGAAAGCCUAAUGAAGUCUCAUCAGUUGUUGCCUUUCUGUGUUUACCAGCUGCUUCUUGGCUCACUGGACAAAUCAUCACUUUGGAUGGGGGCAAAACUGCCCAUGACCUUUAA